GUCCACUAACGCUAAUCCCGUUCCCCGUCCCCUGCCACGCUUCACAUGGUUCAUAAUCCCUGCGCUGGUCCGCGCGCGGUCGUCGCGUUACGGUUGAUUGCAAGUGUGUGGCGCCGAUUUGAAGACCAUUUGUCCAGAAGAAAAUCCUUCGAGCCCACAGCUUACCCUCCUCGACUCCUCUUCAGAACCUCACCACCCCGAAUUCCGCCCGCGACUGCCUUUUGUCUUUUUCUUCUGUACCAGCAAUUGACGUCGCCACCCUCGGCUGCGUGUGCCCCUCCUUUGGUCUACCUUGCCCAAGCUCCCACUGCGUUUGUUGCCAUUCCCAAACCGGACGCCAGACCGGGAUCGUCGUCUCGAACUGUCCGCAACCACCCACCCGACCAGACUCGACUUGAACGCGACAAGAGCCAUUGCAUUUCACACGGCAGUUUCACACUUGCUCUUCCUUUUUCUCGCUUCUGGCAUCUGCCGCUCCGUCACGCCCUCUGUCUUUCCCUAAUCCACUGGCAUCCCAGCAACCCCACGCUCAUUCGCGUGCACUGCAACUCACGGACUGUUUAUCAUCUCUUCAACCUCCACCUUUUUCGAAAACCAGGCCUGUCUGAAGCACCUUUCCAACCGCAUCUGUUGUCUCUCUCUGCUGUAUUGUGGCACGGGCUGCUUCAAGCUUAGCGGCGUUACCCCAACACCGUCACAACAAACCACACCCCAACUUCCCACAACCAACAUCGCGACGAUGUCUUCGACACA